GCAGCCCCAAGGGCAUAUGCGGGCUUAAUAUGUUCUGUGCGAAUAUGGAUCUGAAUCCUCAGUGCCAGUGUCUUCCAGGAUUCGCAACUGUGAGGGAUGGCAACGACACUGCAGGGUGUGAGAGGAACUUCACUGCAGAAAGCUGCAAGACAAUGGACUCCACGACCAGAUACAACAUUCAACCUGUUCUUAGCACCAUAUGGGAGGACUCAACCUAUUCCACUCUAACAUCGUUGACCAGUGAAGAAUGUGCAGCAGCAUGUCAGCAGGAUUGCAAUUGCGAGGCUGUUACAUACGACGGUCAGUCCUGCAACAAGCAGAGGCUUCCUCUGAGAUUCGGUAGGAGAGUCGUUGGCGGGAACUCAAACUCGGGACUUUACGUCAAGGUAGGUGAUGCUCAAUCUGGUGAAAAGCAAGUCAAUUGGGAUGUGAAGAUGGGAUUAGCACUUCAUAUUGCCAGAGGCCUCCUUUAUCUACAUGAAGAGUGCGAGACGCAGAUUAUUCAUUGCGACGUAAAGCCUCAGAACAUAUUGAUAGAUGACAACUUGCAAGCAAAGAUUUCUGAUUUUGGGCUGUCGAAGCUGCUGAAGCCAGAUCAGACCAACACCACAACAGGGGUAAGAGGUACAAAGGGGUAUGUCGCACCAGAGUGGCACAAGAAUAUGCCGGUGACUGUGAAAGUGGACAUUUACAGCUUUGGGGUCGUGCUGCUGGAGAUCAUCUGUAGCCGAAGGAAUGUGGAUUGGAGCCUUCCUGAAGAGGAAGCUGUCCUCGAGGAAUGGGUUUACUCCUGCUUCCAGGCUGGCGAGCUGGAUAAACUGGUGGAUUAUCAAACUAUAGACAAGAAACAAUUGGAUAGGAUGGUUAAAGUCGCGCUUUGGUGUAUCCUAGAGGAGCCAUCUCUUCGUCCUUCAAUGAGAAAGGUGCUGCUGAUGCUUGAAGGCACGGUUGACGUUCCAAUUCCUCCUUGCCCUACUUCCUUCCUCAGUGUCAUCUAAAUUUUCUUAGGAACUAUGCUUCAUCUCCACCAAAAGCUGCUCAGGUCAGAAAUGAACUCGGUUAUCUGUGAUAUAAGCUUUUCCAGUGUUUCUAGGUUCAUACAUCAACGCGCAUUUUCUGUCUAUCUUUACCAUAGAAAUAUGUUCCCUGUUUGGUCCUA